AUGCAGUUAGAACCAGUGUAUCCCAGGUUUCCUUUCGCUCGCCCUAGUGGCGAUGAGCCACCCGCAGAGUUUCACCGUCUCCUCCGAGAAUGUCCUGUUUCCCGCGUGGAACUCUGGGACGGAAGCCAUCCGUGGUUGGUGGUAAAACAUAAGGACGUAUGCGAAGUACUUACGGACCCCAGACUAUCCAAGGUUCGUCAACGAGACGGCUUUCCGGAAAUGUCCCCUGGUGGAAAGGCCGCUGCGAGAAACCGGCCGACGUUCGUUGAUAUGGACGCUCCUGAUCAUAUGCACCAGAGGAGUAUGGUCAGCGCCUUUUUCAACGAUGCAUAUGUGGAGUCUCGCCUUCCGUUCAUUCGAGACACUGUUCAGUAUUAUCUCGAUCGGUUGAUUCGGGCAGGUGAAGAUGGAAAAGAAGUGGAUCUCGUGAAGCAUUUCGCUCUGCCAAUUCCCUCCCAUAUUAUCUAUGACAUACUCGGGAUACCAAUUGAAGACUUCGAGUACCUAAGCGGCUGUGAUGCGACGCGGACUAAUGGAAGUAGCACUGCCGCUGCCGCUCAAGCUGCCAACAAGGAGAUUCUAGAAUAUCUGGAGCGGUUGGUCGAUAAGAAAACUACAAACCCCAGCCACGAUGUGAUAAGCACCCUCGUCAUACAGCAACUAAAGCCAGGACAUAUUGAGAAGCUUGAUGUCGUCCAAAUCGCAUUUCUUCUCUUAGUGGCUGGGAACGCAACCGUCGUAAGCAUGAUUGCCUUGGGCGUGGUAACCUUGCUCGAGCACCCAGACCAACUAUCGCGGUUACUGGAAGACCCGUCGCUCUCCAAUCUAUUUGUGGAGGAGCUCUGUCGCUUCCACACGGCAUCCGCUCUCGCUACACGGCGUGUGGCUACUGUGGACAUCGAACUCCGAGGACAAAAAAUAAGAGCGGGGGAGGGCAUCAUCGCCUCAAAUCAAGCAGCGAACCGUGACCCCGAGGUCUUCCCAGACCCAGACACCUUCGACAUGUUCCGAAAGCGAGGACCAGAGGAGGCUCUGGGUUUCGGAUACGGUGACCAUCGUUGCAUCGCGGAAAUGCUUGCGCGUGCGGAGCUAGAAACUGUCUUUUCUACCUUAUUCCAAACCUUGCCGAGCCUUAAGCUGGCGGUCCCAAAAUCGGAGAUUCAAUGGACACCUCCUACUAGGGACGUGGGUAUCGUUGGACUUCCCGUGACUUGGGAUAGAGAUUGA